AUGAGCCGUCUUUUGAACGUCGGAAUGGCGGGAGGAAGAUUGACAACCUCGGUGAGUUGGGCUAACUUCAAGUGGGGAGGAGCCUAGAGCUUCAACAAAAAAUUUCGCGGCGAGCGGGAUUCGAACCAGCGACCUAGUGCUCUUGAGGCAUGCGCUCUACCAGCUGAGCUAUGCAGUCCCAAAAAUAAGCAGUCCCAAAAAAUAAGCAGUCCCAAAUUUCUCUGCUUCUCUGCGUCUCUCGUUGAUUAGCAUGGAGAGAGAUAAAUAAGCAGUCCCAAAAAAUAAGCAGUCCCAAAUUCCUCUGCUUCUCUGCGUCUCUCGUUGAUUAGCAUGCAGAGAGAUAAAUAAGCAGUCCCAAAAAGUAAGCAGACACAAAUUUCUCUGCUUCUCUGCGUCUCUCGUUGAUUAGCAUGCAGAGAGAUAAAUAAGCAGUCCCAAAAAUAAGCAGUCCCAAAUUUCUCUGCAUCUCUGCGUCUCUCGUUGAUUAGCAUGCAGAGAGAUAAAUAAGCAGUCCCACACACAAAACAUAGCGCUUGGCCUUUCCCGUUUUUUGUCGAGCACAAAAUAAUUAAAAUUUCAAAUUUUCAGGUAAACGAGCAAGAAUUGCAAGCAUGUUGCGCUGUGGCCAAAUCAACAUUUGCCUCUCAAGCAUCAUUGCUCGAAGUUGAGCCACCAUUGGUGGUUUGCGGUGACAUUCACGGACAAUAUUCGGAUUUGUUGCGUAUUUUUGACAAGAAUGGUUUUCCGCCAGAUGUGAAUUACUUGUUUUUGGGUGAUUAUGUCGAUCGUGGACGUCAAAACAUUGAGACAAUCUGCCUAAUGUUCUCCUUCAAAAUCAAGUAUCCGGAAAACUUUUUCAUGUUGCGUGGAAAUCACGAAUGCCCCGCAAUUAAUCGUGUCUACGGUUUCUACGAGGAAUGCAAUCGUCGCUACAAAUCGACACGUCUCUGGUCAACCUUCCAGGACACUUUUAAUUGGAUGCCGCUGUGCGGUUUGAUUGGAGCACGAAUUCUUUGCAUGCACGGCGGUUUGUCGCCGCAUUUGCAAAGUUUGGAUCAAUUGAGAAAUUUGGCACGGCCACAAGAUCCACCAAAUCCAUCGAUUGGCAUUGAUUUGUUGUGGGCUGAUCCGGAUCAAUGGGUCAAGGGCUGGCAGGCGAAUACACGUGGUGUUUCGUAUGUUUUUGGGCAGGAUAUUGUGGCGGAAUUGUGCCAAAGAUUGGAUUUGGAUUUGGUGGCUCGUGCUCACCAGGUACCUAUUUUUUGGGGGCUCAAAAUUUGGAGCAAAAUGAGCCCAAAUUUGCUCAGAAAAUUUUUUUUUUUGGAUUUUCCCCUUUUCUGAUUUUCUAAGCUCAAAUUUUCCAGGUUGUCCAAGACGGUUAUGAAUUCUUUGCGUCGAAAAAGAUGGUGACAAUCUUCUCGGCUCCCCACUAUUGUGGACAAUUUGACAAUUUUGCGGCCACGAUGAGAGUUGACGAAAAUAUGGUUUGCAAUUUUGUUAUGUAUAAGCCGACACCGAAAGCGAUGCGCCAAAAGGGAUAA